UCGGUUUUUUUGUGGGGGGGGGUUGUCUCCGGCAGCUUGAUUGGGGGAGGCGACCCACACUGGGCGCUAGGAGAUUAUUUCCCCCAUUUUUUUUUAAAGCGGGGUUAACUGUUCUUGGCAGCUGGGUUUCUGGGAGACCCUAAAAAAGGCCUUUCGGGGUUCCUUUCUUCCGGGGGAGGGGACGGUGGUCCCGACUUGGCCCGCCGCCUGCUGGAGGGGCGCAGCAGGGAGCGAGGGGAUGAGAGCCUGGCUUCCCCCACCAUGAUGAAGACGGAGCCGCGGGGCCCCGGGGGUCCCCUCCGGAGCGCCUCCCCGCACCGCAGUGCCUACGAGGCCGGCAUCCAAGCGCUGAAGCCGCCCGACGCGCCCGGGCCCGACGAGGCACCCAAGACGGCCCACCAUAAGAAAUAUGGCUCCAACGUCCACCGUAUCAAAAGUAUGUUCCUGCAGAUGGGCACCCCGGCCGGCCCCGCGCCCGAGGAGCCCAAGCCUCCCGCAGCCCCAGAGGAGGAGGAAGCGGCAGCACCCGCGGUGGAAACGGCCCCAGAGAGGGGGGUAGGCAGUGGUCGGGCCCCGGACGUGGCCCAGGAAGAGGUGGAUGAGUCCAAGAAGGAGGACUUCUCGGAGGCGGACUUGGUGGAUGUGAGCGCCUACAGUGGGCUUGGGGAAGACUCUGGGGGCAGCGCCCUAGAGGAGGACGACGAGGAAGAGGAGGACGGAGAGCCCCCCUACGAGCCCGAGUCAGGGUGCGUGGAGAUCCCCGGGCUCUCGGAGGAAGAAGACCCGGCCCCGAGUCGGAAGAUCCAUUUCAGCACGGCGCCGAUCCAAGUGUUCAGCACCUACUCCAACGAGGACUACGACCGACGCAACGAGGACGUGGAUCCCAUGGCUGCGUCUGCGGAGUACGAGCUGGAAAAGCGGGUGGAGAGGUUGGAGCUGUUCCCUGUGGAGCUGGAGAAGGACUCUGAGGGCCUAGGCAUCAGCAUCAUCGGCAUGGGGGCUGGGGCCGACAUGGGCCUGGAGAAGCUGGGCAUUUUUGUGAAGACCGUGACCGAGGGCGGCGCUGCCCACCGGGAUGGCAGGAUCCAGGUGAACGAUCUCCUGGUGGAGGUGGACGGGACGAGUCUGGUAGGAGUGACCCAGAGCUUUGCAGCGUCCGUGCUCCGGAACACGAAGGGCCGAGUGCGGUUUACGAUUGGCCGAGAGCGGCCGGGCGAGCAGAGUGAAGUGGCCCAACUCAUCCAGCAGACCCUAGAACAGGAACGAUGGCAGCGGGAAAUGAUGGAGCAGAGAUACGCCCAGUACGCGGAAGACGACGAGGAGACGGGGGAGUAUGCCACCGACGAGGAUGAGGAGCUGAGCCCCACCUUCCCGGGCGGGGAGAUGGCCAUCGAGGUGUUCGAGCUGGCAGAGAACGAGGACGCGCUGUCCCCGGUGGACAUGGAGCCUGAGAAGCUGGGCUGCCCGGCGGGAGCUGAGUGCCGCCUCUGCCUACAGCUCCAGAUCAAGCACGCAGUCACGGAGGCGGAGAUCCAGCAGCUGAAAAGGAAGCUUCAGAGCCUGGAGCAGGAGAAGGGGCGCUGGCGGGUGGAGAAGGCGCAGCUGGAGCACAGCGUGGAGGAGAACAAGGAGCGCAUGGAGAAGCUGGAGGGCUACUGGGGCGAGGCCCAGAGCCUGUGCCAGGCGGUGGACGAGCACCUGCGGGAGACACAGGCCCAGUACCAGGCGCUGGAGCGGAAGUACAGUAAGGCCAAGCGCCUCAUCAAGGACUACCAGCAGAAGGAGAUCGAGUUCCUGAAAAAGGAGACUGCGCAGCGGCGUGUUCUGGAGGAGUCGGAGCUGGCCAGGAAGGAAGAAAUGGACAAACUCCUGGACAAGAUCUCAGAACUGGAAGGCAACCUGCAAACACUGAGGAAUUCCAACUCCACUUAACAGGAUUCAUCCCAUGACUGGACAAAAAUGCCCCCUCCCCUCGUCCUCCCUCCCCUGUCCUCCAUACCCACUCCGCCCCUACCAGCCUGGGGACAGGUGCCCCGACUCCCCUCCCUCCUCCCCCACCUCCCCAGCUUCAGGGACCAGAGGGCCCAUUUCACAGGCCCCUUAAGGCGGCCCAGGCAGACAGUGGCGACUGGAAGGGCGGCCUCCUUCUCACCCUGUGGGGCUGAGGCACAAGGGCCGAGGGAAGCCAAGGGCUGGCCUGGGUGACGGAUGGACACAAGGACCUGCAGACCAAACUGCCAGACUUUACAACCUCCAGCCUUCGUCUCUGGACUGGAGGGGGGCUGGGGCUCCCCCAGCAUCUCGCCAACUGGAGGCUGCUCCCUGACCCCUCGGUCUCGACUCGAGAUCCUACCUUCGUGGCCCUGCCUCUCCCAUAUCAUCAUCGUGCUGUCUGUUGCAUUCCAAUUCUCCUGUUUGGGAGGUGGGUGUUUUGCCUCCUCCGCUCCCUGUUCCCUAUCCCAGGAGGGACAGAGCUCAGCCCGAAGCCGGAGGCUGGGCCUGGCCCUGGCCCUGCACUGAUUUCCCCUGUAUCCUUCGGGAAAAGCGGAGCGACAGUAAGAAGAGGGGAGAAGCCCAGGAUCCUGGUCCCUGACUCCCCCUUCCUGGGGGACCGCCAGCAGCCCCCGACUUCUCCCUCUGCCUCCCCUCUCCUGGGUGCCAAAUAGCCAUAACCUCCUCCCCUGAACUGUUCUGCCACCUGUGGUGUGGGGGGGAUCCCGGCUGAGCCUGGGAGGAAGGGAGGUCAGUUUAGGGGCUGCUACUUUCUCACCGGAGAGCCAGACCCUCCCGGCCCUGCCCAGGCCCACGCCUGGAAGCCUUGUAUGAACAGCGCAGACUCAGCCCUGGCCCCACAGUUUUCCCAUAUUUUGACUGGAGGGUAAAAUUUUACUACUUCUCCUAUUUUUGGAGACCAGGGCUGUCCACCCACCACCACCACCACCCCUGGCAGCCUGCUUUCUAAAUGAAAUGGACUUCCCCACUUGAAUCCCAAAUUAGGGCUUGGACCAAGGGAGAUGAGACACCCCCCUUCCCAUAAAAUCCAUUUUGCCACCUCCCCUCUCCCCCUCCCUGAGCCUAGGUUUUGGUUCAUUUUUUAAAAAUCGACCCUGCUCCAUCCGUUUCAGCUUCUCCUUGUCCCCUGUAAAUAGACCACGCCAUCGACCAGUAUUUCUUGCCCAUCCCCCGCCCCGUUCCUGCCCUCCCCCAAAGUGCUGGCCGUCUCGGUGCCCCGCCCAUGCGCUUCACCAGGGCAGAUGGAGGGGGCGGGGCCUCGGGCGCUUCCGGCUUCCUGGCCCGCAGCCGCCCCUGCCCCGCCCUUGGAGGACCCGUCUCUGUAUAUAAUAUAUAUAUGUAUGUAUUGUUCCCGGUUUUGUACGGACCAUGCCCUCCGUCAGGUCGUCCCCAUAAAAGCAGCCCCAGAGCGUCGCUG